AGUAUGGAAGCGGAAGUUGGAUCCGGUUGAAAUGACCUGGAGGAGUUAGCGAGCGCCUUCUUCUGUUUUUCACUCCCGCAGACGGACGUGGUCGGGGUCGAGGGGUCGCCAUGGAUAAAGUGAGGAGGAUCCUGGUGUAUGUGUGCAAAGAUCGAGCGGCUCCACGGCGAGCUCAGUUUGUCCAGAGUGUAACGGGUCACUUCACUGACAGCGGCGAGGAUGAGGUGGAGGUGAGCUGCACGCUGGAGAAAAAUCAGUUCAUUCUUUACAAAGGAGACAGAGGACGAGGGGUCCCGCUGAAGAGACCUGCUUUCUGUCCCAUCAAACACCUGUCAGCCACAGACGCAGCUGCAAUCCCAUUGGAUGUCCAACAGCGUGGAGUGGAUGUGGGUGUGGCUAUCCUCCUGCAGACAGCCAAUCAGAGAGUGUUGCUGACACGGCGGGCAAAGGAGCUUCGCAUAUUUCCCAACGUCUGGGUUCCUCCAGGAGGUCAUGUGGAGCUAGAUGAGACGCUGCUGGGUGCAGGUCUGAGAGAGCUGCACGAGGAAACUGGACUCAAACUGGAGCCGGAGCAGGUUUCUCCAACAGUCCUGGGCCUGUGGGAGUCGGUGUUUCCUCCCAUGCUGUCCAGAGGACUUCCUCAGAGACACCACGUAGUCAUCUACAUGCUGCUGCACUCGUCUCUCACUCACCUGCAGUUACAGCCAUCUCUCAGGCCUUCGCCUGCUGAGGUCAGCGCGUGUCUGUGGGCGGACAGCCGGCUGGUCAGAGCCAUCGUGUCCGCUGUGGACGGAGAGGACGCCAGUGUUCAGCUGGAUGACCUGCCGAGCAGCAUCAGCGUGUCGCAGGUCUCUGCAGACGGAGCUCUGACCGAGUCUUCGAUGCCUCUGGCAGUCUUCACCAGUCGGGCUCCAGCCAGCGGUCCCGACGUGGAGCGGGUCAGCACCGGGACCAAGUUCGCCCUGGAGCUGUGGUUGAGGAGCCUCGAUGUCCCUGACCUCUGACCCCGACCCCCUUUUAAAGCCCACCCUGCAGACAUCAGGAAGGACGCACCGGGAUGAGAGAAAUGAUGCUGCUGUGGAUCCCACUGCUGUUCUUCACUGAAACACUGAACACUGCAAGUCAUGUGUGUUUUACUUCAGGCCAGCAGGGGGCAGUGCAGGCCAGUGCACAGGUGGCUGUUUAACACAGGAGAGGAGGGGGUCACACAGGUGGCUGUUUAAUGAGCUCAUCUUUCAGUCUCAUGUAAAAACAGUAAAACAAAUUAAUGUACAGACUUUUAUCAGAUGGCAUUCUGAAGGAGCUCAUGUUUGCAGCGUCACAUUUCUGUAUAAAUAAUAUAAUAAACCCAUAGUUUUGGUUUUGGCGUCUCCUCAGAGACGUCCGAGAAGACGAGUUUUCCAAAAUCCUGUUUCUGAGUACGGCCGUCCUGGACUUAUUAUCUGAAACGAUCAUGUCAUUCAAAUAAAAAUCUGUUUCCUUUUCACAUAAAUUCGAUUUUUAUUAUUUAAAUAAAGGUUUCCACUGCACAGCAGACCUCAUCACGGUCAGAGGAAGCUCGUGUACUGUGGAAACUUAAAAACUGGACGUUUGGUUAGUUUGUCUUUUGACACUGCAAUAAAUAUCCUGUCCUGAA